UCCUUGCAGCCUCAGACAUUGACCGAGUAUGAGUAGAGAUCUUGUGUCAGCAUGGCCCAGUGAUAAAAAUACAGUGGAGAAAGUAAGCAAGAUCGGCCAUCUUUUCCAAGCGCAGAGGCAAAGUUGUGCACGACGAGGGCGUGCGGCAUCGACUCGACCAACUGCAGCGCAACUGGAGCGGCGCCGGCGCAUCUUCUCUCCCCACGCCGUCCCGGAGUCCUCCGUCCGUGCCAGGACCAGAAGAAGCCAUAAUGGAAGGAAGCAUCAGCGGUCCAUCAGAGAAAAGGGUUGCCGUGGUGACCGGAGGGAACCGGGGGAUGGGGCUGGAGAUAUGCCGGCAGCUUGCGGCGCAUGGGCUCACCGUCGUCUUGACGGCGAGGGACGAGAAGAGGGGCGCAGAGGCAGCCGAAAAGCUCCGGGAGGAGGGGCUAUCGGACGUCGCGUUUCAUCAGCUGGAGAUCAGCGAGCCCGCCAGUGCCGCUCAUCUGGCUGCUUUCAUAAAGGACAAGUUUGGCAAGCUUGACAUACUGGUCAACAAUGCCGGAGUGCUCGGGGUGACCACGGACGUCGGCGACCCGGCAACCCUCCAGGAGACGCUUGCAGGCAAGGAUGGGAUGGAGAGAGCCGAAUGGCUGAGGCAGCGGACGACGCAGACCACCCAGGAUGCAGAGGACUGCCUGAGGAUCAACUACCACGGCAGCAAGAUCGUCACGGAAGCCCUCCUCCCGCUCCUCCGGUCCUCCUCCGACGGCAGGAUCGUCAACGUAACCUCAGCUUGGGGGCUGCUCAGGUAUUUCAGCGGCGACGAGCUCCGGCGGGAGCUGGACGACGUCGACAACCUCACGACGCAGCAGCUCGACGAGAUGUUGAGGCUGUUCCUCGAGGACCUGGGCAAGGGCAAUGGCGCGCUGGAGCGCCGCGGGUGGCCGGCCGACCGGGUGUACGCCGCCUACAUGGCGUCCAAGGCGCUGGUGUGCGCCUACACCAGGGUCCUCGCCAGGGAGGAGGGCGCCGCGCUGCGGGUCAACUGCGUGCACCCCGGCUACGUCCUCACCGGGAUGAACGACUACACCGGCGUCCUCACGGCCGCGGAGGGCGCCGCCGCCGCGGUUGCAGUUGCACUGGCGGAGAAGGGGGGCGUCACCGGCGCCUACUUCGACCGCACUGAACUGGGAGCGUCCUUUGUGUGAUUUCUCCGUGGAGCAGUUGUUAGCUGGAUAUCGUUUUCAAUAAAGUGCAAUCUACUACAUAUGUCAUGAGUUGGUCCAGAUAUCUAGAAUUAUGUGUUGUUCAUUUUUCUCUCUCUCAGAACUACUGGCUCUGUUCGCUAUUAUAAGAUGUUUAACUUUUUCUAUAUUGGAUGUGUGUAGACACGUUUUAGUAUUUCAGUCUGUAUGUAGUUUAUAUUGAAAUAUUCAAAACAUUUUAUAAUAGUGAAUGGAACGAGUAGAAUAUUUCCAUUGUCAA